AUGGAGGCCUCCGACACUACUGCCUCUAGUCCCUAUGAUACGCCGAAUUCCAUAUUCUCGAGUACGUUGUACGCCAUUUUGAACGAAAUGUUCAAGUCUCAAUUUCCUGACUCUAUCGAAGCUUCAAGUUCUACUGGUUCAAGUUCUGCGAUCUCAAGCGAUACAUUCUUCUCGAUGCUUGACGGGAGCGGGGAAGACGAGGAAAACACUGCCCAAGCGCUGAUAGAUAUUAUCAACGGUAUACUAGGUCCAAUUCGAGAAUCGGGACGAAUCAUGUCAGAUGAAAGUUGGGCCAGUGGCGCUGAUGAUAACGACCCAGAGCCACAUCCCCCCCUUUCGCCUCCCAAAACACCGCCUCCGUUUUGGCCACGACCUAGCCCACACAAUAGGAAUGAACAAGAUCAAAUUGAUGUCUGGGAUAUGAUAAUUGAUGAGGAAGAAGUUAGAGAAGCCGAAUGGGAAAGUCUGUAA